UUCCGGGUGUCGACUCGUUGCAAAAUAGAUCAUCCCACUCCGCAGUCGUGGAAGUGGGCAGCCACUGAGAUAAACCUGGAAAAAUAGCGAUAGGAAAAAAUGAUGCUGUCAGAAGUCCUGAAGGUGCUGCGAGGAGCUGGUAAAGUGGGCUCUUCACUGGUCUCCACUCAAGGCGAGCAGCUCCGAUUAAUGGCCUGCAACUCCGCCCUGGGAGCAGGGGUCAAAGUUGCUCAGGAUGUGGUAGACGGACUGGUUGGCACAUUUAUGGGUGGCAGCAGUCAGCAGCAGCAGUCAGUACAGGAGGAUGUGUUUCCAGAUGCGGAGGGCUGGGAGAAUAUGGACCCUGAAGAAGCAGCCAAAUGGGCUGUGGGGUCCGAUUUCCCCCCUGCUGAAGGGGAGCACAGCCAAACAGAAACGGGACCUGCAGCACAGAUGCACACAGGGGUACCUCCUAAAUCAGGAAUGGCAGGAGGCGGCGCAGGCUGGCCUGGGCAGGGUGCUCGCUUCCUUCACAACACCUCAGCCCUCCACCGGUACUACUUCCAGAGCAGGUCUCGCCACAACACUGUUGUGGCCAAGCUCACACCUGAGGACAUCAAGAAAGCCCGGGAGGCAAAGCAGGCAUUGGCCAAACCUGUCAAACAGAAGUGUCCCUCUGCUGCAGGAUUGGCGGUAGGGCUGGGAAUUGGUGCCAUUGCAGAAGUUGCAAAGCAGUCACUAGGAGGCAAACAAAAAGCAGAUGUAAGCUCCCUGCUAGACUCUCCCUUCCUGUCAGAGGCCAAUGCUGAGAGAAUAGUCAGCACUCUGUGUAAGGUCCGUGGAGCUGCUCUCAAGAUAGGCCAGAUGCUCAGCAUACAAGACAACUCCUUUAUCAACCCCCAACUGCAGAAGAUCUUUGAGAGGGUCCGACAGAGUGCAGACUUCAUGCCCACAUGGCAGAUGACUAAAGUUCUGGAGGAGGAUCUGGGGCCAGGCUGGCGAGAAAAGCUCUCAUCCUUUGAGGACAAACCAUUCGCUGCAGCUUCUAUUGGCCAAGUCCACCACGGGGUUUUAAAAGAUGGUAGAGAAAUCGCCAUGAAGAUCCAGUACCCUGGUGUGGCAGAGAGCAUCCGCAGCGACAUAGACAACCUGAUGGCAGUACUGAAAAUGAGCGUGGUUCUGCCAGAAGGUCUGUUUGCAGACAACAGCUUGGAGGUUCUACAGAGAGAACUGGCAUGGGAGUGUGACUAUAAGAGGGAAGCACAGUGUGCCAAGAAGUUCAGAUCACUGCUGGAGGGAGAUGAGUUUUUCCAAGUCCCCGAGGUGAUUGAUGAGCUGUCAGGCCGGAGGGUGCUCGCCAUGGAACUGGUGCAGGGCGUCCCACUGGACAUGUGCGUAGAGCUGGACCAGGAGACCAGGAACCAGAUUGUGUUGUGUGCUCAGGUGAUUUAUGCAGCUUCUGUCGGCGAUCGAGCCACCGUUCUUUCCAAAUCCAAGGACCUGAAAUUCCUGACAGGCUUCGAGGCCAAGGCCUUCGCAGAUGCUCACGUGGAAGCGGUGAUGAUUCUCGGUGAAGCCUUCGCAUCCUCCGAGCCCUUCGACUUUGGCACUCAGAGCACUACUCAGCGCAUUCAGAGCCUCAUCCCGGUCAUGCUCCGCCACCGCCUCACCCCUCCACCUGAGGAGACCUACUCCCUCCACCGCAAGAUGGCCGGCUCCUUCCUCAUCUGCUCCAAGCUGAACGCGAAAAUACCGUGCAAGGACAUGUUCCUCGAUGUGUACCACGCCUACAUGCAGCGUAGGCCGGCCGGGCAUGCAGCGCAGGCUAGGGCUUAGCAGUUCUGAGACAAGUUUCUUAAUUUGCCUUUCUCAGAGUGGCUCAGGAGUACAGAGACAGAAAAGAGUCACACUUAACUCCACAAGUGGAGCCACUGGAUUGGACGUACACCAUGUCAGUAAUAACAGACUUUGCCAGCGUGCUCUAACAAAGACCACAAAUGACUUUUGCUGCUACAUGUCACUCACAUCAGUGUGAGGAUGUUGUUAAGGAUGUCCAAACACAACAUUUUGGUGUGACCUUUACUUUUAUGUACAGAUAGAAAUUAAACAAUGAACUGAUCACAGAGAAGUGCAGGCUUUCUGAUUAGAUUUUGUAAAAGUAAACACACAAAGCAAGGAGAGCUGCAUGUUCUGUUUGUCCUCUCAGCUUCAGCUGGGUUUGCCUGCGAGCUCCACCUUAUUUUAAAGUGGAGCGAGUAUCUUCUAUCUUGGGGGGGUGAUGAUACUGCCCCUGCACUGAAUCACAGAUGCUGCCAACUGCCGAGUCCUGUUUUUAUAGAAGGCAUUUUGUGCUUGCUGAUGAGUUGGUGAAUAAAGCUUUCACCUAAAUGUGAUGGCUGCCAGCCGAGAUGACCAGAUUAUCAGAUUAAUUAGAGAAGACAGUCUAAUGGACCCUACAAAAUAAUGGCCUUGCAUUAUAAAGUGCACUUGGCAUAAAACUCCAUAACACGAAGUACCGUCAGCUCUUUUUCAUGCUUAUUUAUUGCAAAUACCUGUACUGUAUCUUUAGAAGGCAGUGUGCUGUGCAUGUUUUACUUUUGUAAUGAAAUAAAAUGUGAAACAGUA